CGACACCGCCCGCUCGCGGCCAGCCGGGUCGCCGAGGCCGAGGCCCGCGAAAGGUUCAGCAGGGGAAAAUCCGGGAAUCGCGACCGGUCGGCCAUCGGCUCGGCUGGUGACCUGGUGUGGUCAAAAACGCGAUCGAGUCGUCGGGCACGCGCGCGCGAGCUGUAGAGCUUUGGCUUUCCCUGCGGCUUCGGUUCCAGCUCGCGCGGCACGAGCGCGUGCCUGCGUGGCAUAUAAGAGGAGACGCGACGGCGACCAGGAGAGGAAGAGAAGACGACAGGAGCGGCGCGGCAGCGUCCGGGGAGGCCUGUGCGUCGAGCUUACUCGCCAAGGCAGCCAUGAUGAGUUCACGCGCGGUGUCGGCGGCAGCCGGAGGAGGAGAGCGGCGGCUUCAGCACGUCGGCGUGGCGUGCGGUGGGCUGCCGCGGCCCGUUAGGCCGGUGCCGAGCGCGGCAGGCCCACGGCCCGGGACGCCGAGGCCGGGGUGUCCCGCGGGCGGCGCGGCGGCGUCGGGGCGAGCGGAGUGCAACUGGUGGGGCGCCGGCGCGCGGCAGGCGGCGCCGCCGAGGCGGCAGAGGAGCUGCAGGGGCGCCAGGCCCACGGCGCGCGUGCCGCCCACGGGGAAGGGUAACCGGGAGCUGGUGCGGCGGGCGCUCGCGCCGCCCGCCGCGCGCGGCCGCGGGCGCGGAGGCGGCGGGCCGGUCCUGAUGAGGAGGUGGAGCUUCCGGCCGUCGCCCAGCCGACUGCGCAACGCGUCGUCGCUCCCCUCGCCGCGGCCGCGGCCGUCGUGAUCGAUCCUCGUGAUCGAAUUCUUUUGUUUCGCCGUCACGGAAAUGAAAAUUCUUUGAUCUGUACAGCAAUUCAAGCUUAUGUGAAACUGCUCGGUUGUACGCAUGUGCACGCUUCAGCUCGCUUAUACGCCUCAUCUGGGGUUUUUGCUAUA